ACGCAAACUUUCUCUGCCUAGCAGGAGAACAGAAUGAAUGAGGAUUUAUUUCUUUUUCUAGUCCCAAAAGAUUUACUUUCCCUGAAAUUUGCAGAAAUUCAAUUACCAGGAAAACAUAAGUAACGAGGAGCUGUUUUCUGAUGCAUGAUCUAGAAAACCCCAAAAAAGUUCUCCUCUGGCUACCAGCAGAAACGAUUUCAACAAUUUACUUUGGCUUAAACUGUAGGAAAAUGUAUCAGGAGUAUAUAAUUAGCAAUUUGGUUUUUCUACUCCUAAUAGGUAAAGUAGCUAUCAUAACAUGAUUGCAGGAACUUUUUCUGACCUGAGGAACAACGAAUUAUCUUCGCUUACUCAAACCUUUGUACCAGCAGAGUAUAAGAAACGAGUAGGUAUCUGUGCUUCUAAUACUUAGAGCACCCGUCAGUCUACGACUACCAGGAACACAUGAUAAGCGUUUGGGUCCUUUUCUGAAGUGGAUUUAUUCAAAAAAUUACCUUAGGUAUAGUGAGCCAAUAUUUACAAAUGCACUUGGAACAGUAACUAAAUUUUCUCUGGAUACCAGGAGAACAUGAUAACCGAGGGAACCCUUUUCUAGCUUUUCUUUUUUCUUGCACUAUUUAAAGGGACAUAUCCCUUUCACAUUCCUUUUGCGUCCCCGUUAUGACUUAGUCUCGACAAGCGCUAUCUUUCAUGGACCUCCUCUUCAAUUCUUCUAUGUUUAUGUCACGUUUUCUUUUGUUCCUAUCUUUUUUGCUUUGCCCUUCAAUCCUUUCCGACCAAUUGGCAUGCUCGGUUAGCGAGAACAUUUGGGUGAUAAUGCUAGUGUUUGACCUUGUCGUGUAAAAACAGAUACCGCUAUCAGUAGAUUGGCUCAUGUUGCGGGUACAAAGAGCAUCGUACGCACCAGUUGGCUAGUGGUGAAAUGGAACGUUGGCGCGGCAAGGUUGCCGUGGUGACCGGUGCCAGUAUGGGCAUCGGUGCGGCAAUCAGUGAGGCACUGGUGAAUUCUGGCCUGAGGGUCAUCGGGAUCGCUCGGCGCAUCGAGCCGAUUGAGCAGAAGGCGCGACAAUUCGAAGGUAGACUCGGAAAGCUGUACCCAGUUAAGGCUGACGUGUCCAAGGAGGAGGACGUUUUGGGCGCUUUCGAAUGGAUUACGAACAAUGUAGGUCCCGUUCAGAUUUUGAUCAACAACGCUGCGGUUACGCUGGAGAAAUCACUUUUGAGUUGCAGACCGACGGACUGGGCGACAAUCAUCGAUAUAAACGUCAUAGGUUUGUGCACCGUCACCAACGAGGCGGUUAGGAUAAUGCGAGCUCAUGGGAACGAGGGGCACAUCGUACACAUAAACAGUCUGGCGGGGCACAACUCGACGUAUUAUCCCGGUGCAAACGUCUACCCCGCCUCCAAGCACGCCGUGACCGCGCUCACCGAAGCCCUUCGCCAGGAGCUCAACUACGUUGGCAGCAAAAUCAAAGUGACGAGCAUCAGUCCCGGCUUGGUGGAUACCCCCAAGGUUGCGGAGUUAAAGCUGCAAGACCACAUCAUCGACAACCUCGCGAACGGUUGCUUUCUACGGGACAAAGAUGUCGCUGACUCUGUGUGUUACGUCUUGGGCACACCACCGCAUGUACAGAUUCGCGAGCUCAUGUUGGACGCCAUUAGUACAAUAUCAUAGGUCGGUUAGUGUUGUAAUAAAUUUGUUAUUAAUUCAC